CUUCUUCUCCAAGCUCUCUCUCUCUCUCUCUGAAAUUCUCUCUUCUUUCUCCUAGUAAUCUCUCUGCAUUUCUAUAAGCAUUUUGAAUACACAGAUACAAGAAAUAGAAGAGAUGACAGUCUCUAAAUCUUAACAGUAUUGCUCCUCAUAAUGUAGUUGGCUCUUGCACAUUUCUUGAGUCAGUGCAUAUUUCCAAGUGUCCUAUUCUUGCUUAUUUGCCUGAUGGGCUACUCACAUCAUCUCUUAAGAACCUGAUUGUGAAAGAUUGCGAUAGUCUACAGUUGAUUCCAGUUACACAAGCCCCCACAUCCCUCUGUAAAUUAGAAAUAAAAGGCUGUCCAGAGUUGUCAAAUCUACCAAGUGGGUUAGAUUAUUGUACCUCUCUUCAGGAGUUGACAAUAUCAAAUUGUGAUAUGCUAACAUCAGCUUUGAUUCACAGCCUCCCAUCCCUCCGGAAGUUGUCUAUAUUUGGUUGCAACAGGAGUCCAGAGUCUGUUCUAAGUUUACUCGGCUUCACAUGCCUUCGUGAAUUGAGAAUUAAAGAUUCCCAUGGAUUGACAAGUCUGCCAAUAGGGCUAGAAUCAUGUUCUUCUCUUGAGGUGUUGAUAAUAAGCAAGUUGCCGAAUGUAGAAUCUAUUCCAAGUUUAGACAACCUCACAAACCUCCAUGAAUUGAAGAUAUUUUGUUGCGAUGGAUUGAAAAGUCUACCCAAUGGGUUAGCAAUAACAUCCUGCCUCACCCACUUGAAGACAUUGGAAAUCGGUGGCUUUUGGAAGGAGCUUGAUUCAUUCCCUGCUUUUCAGGUUACAUCACAACUUGAAACAUUGAAGUUAUGGGGUUGGCCUAAGCUCAAGUCUCUGCCCGAACAAAUUCAACACUUGACUUCUCUAACAUGUCUCCAAGUGCAAUGCUUUGACGGAAUGGAGGCUCUUCCAGAGUGGUUGAGAAACCUUACAUCUCUUGAGUACCUGGAUAUAUGUCGUUGCAAGAAUAUGAUGUAUCUACCUACACUAGAAGCUAUGCAAUGUCUCACCAAAUUAAAAUGCAUAUUCAUUUUGGAUUGUCCCCUUCUAAAAGAGAGAUGCAACAAGGAGAGCGGCUCAGAGUGGCCCAAGAUUUCUCAUAUUCCAAUAAUAUUUUGUAUGUUUUUCCUUUUCCUUUUAUUGUUUUUGGCUCUUAAAUCAACUGUACAUUUAAACUAAUUAUUUGUUUUGUUUCUUUUUUCUUCUUUUUUUCAUAACAUACAGUGAAUGUUAUGACAUAAUGAUCCUAAUUCUUUCCCCGUUACGACAUAAUGAUUUCUAAUGUUUAUGUUUAAAUCUCUAGUUGAUUACUGGCGGUGGUAGCUGCCAAAUUCAAUAUAGUCUGAGAAAGCAUCAUCCUGAAAUGAGAAAUAGUCGAAAGUGGUGUGAAUUGUUGUUGAGAAAAUGAUUCAACUCAAGUGAGUGACUCUGCUUCUAAAGGUGUUGGUGUGGAGAGUUGAUUGAAGCUAUAUAUGCUACAGCCUGCAGGCAGGGUCUAUUGUUAUUUUGGCAUAAUUUGGAGCUGGGUUUUUUAUUUGUUACCUGAAGCUUUAUAGGAUUGAUUCUUGUGGAAAAAGUGAGUAAGGUUGUUGGUUGCUCUUGUGUUGUGAAGGUCUGAUCAAAGAGACAAACUUCCGGUCCAUUAUAACCAACAUCAAUUCUUAAGAAAUCUACAAAACCUAGCAGAUAUUCCAGGGACUGAUGGGGUAAAUACAACACAAGCCACCGACUCAAAUGAUCACAAAAUCAAGACAGAAGUCACAGGCUGCUGGUUUAAUAUUUCAUAAAAAGUUGAAUAUCCAGAAAUGGCCCUCAAAUUUUGUGUCCCAAUCAUAAGUGAUUGUAGUAGGAAUAUUUGGUAAUUUCUAUUGGUGUCCAGAGAAAACUAUAAAUUUAUUCAAACUUAGCAUGGGUGUCCCAAGAGCGAUGGAUUUUGGGUGCAAACAUGAGCUCACUAACAUUUGAAGCACCAAGCCCAGCAACCGAGUGCAACUUAGCCUAUUGCUCCACUCUAGCCCAACAACACCACACCACCCCCUUUCCUUUUUUUGGUUUUUAUUAUGAUUUCAAAUUUAUGUAACAUAUGAUCAUCCUGUUAAAAAUUUCGUGUUUUAGCAUGUUCAACUCAAGUGUACUGCUAUGCAACAAAAUCAGAAGCCUUUUCUAUUUAUUUUAUAAAUGUUGAAGCUUGGAAA